AUGCUUCAGGAAGAAGAGGACCUCCCCUAUGAGGAGGAAAUAAUUCGAAGUCCUUAUUCUGUGAAGUUCUGGAUCAGGUACAUUGAGCACAAGGCCAAAAAGGGCUCCAAUACAGCACUGAAUCUGCUCUAUGAGCGAUCUCUUAAGGAACUUCCUGGAAGGUACGGUUGAGCUUGUGUGUAUAGUCCACUUGUGGUUAAAUCAAAAGAUAAACAAAAUAUCAUAGUGGAUGCUCUCCAAGCAGAUGCUCUUGAGAUGUGAAAAGGGUGGUAAGUAUGUGUUAGUGGGACUUUCAAAGUAAAAUAUGCUUAUUAUUAAAUAUCAUAUUUUUUGCCUAAAUUAUUUCAGCUACAAGAUCUGGUAUCUGUAUUUGAAAGAAAGAAGAAGACAAGUCAGAGGGAGGUUCGUAGGAGUAAUAAUAUUUUUUAAAUUAUAUUUUUGAUAAAAUAAUGGAAAUCGAGGAGUAAUUCUCAUCAUGUCAAACAUGGUUUGUUUAAACUGAUAUCAAGAGGAAAAUUAAACUGUGAUGUAAAUCUUGUUGAAGUGUGUUCCAUAAAUCAUUCAAAUUGAACAUAUAUUCAAAAUAUGUGUGCAAAGUAAAAGCUGAACACUUUAAUAUCUGAAUUUUCUCCUCAGGCCUAUUACAGACCCUGCUUAUGAGGACAUAAACAAUGCAUUUGAAAGAUCUCUUGUCUUCAUGCAUAAGGUGUGGUGAGCUGAAUCUCAAGCAACUUCAGCGAAAAAUGUAGAAAGCUCAAUUUUGAUGAUUUAAAAUGCAAUGAUUAAAACAGACCCCAGCACAAGGCUUCUACUCCUGUCUAUUAUUUCAAGUAGAUUUCAAAAUAUAAAAGUCGUUUAAUUUCAAGAUGACGACAUUUCCUACUCCUUUAUUAUUUCAUGUGGCUUUUUAAUGCUGGAAUCUUUUAAAUUCUACUAAGAGAAACUGUGUUGUCAAUACUUACUGAUAGUUAUACAAUUGCUAGAUGCCAAGGAUCUGGAUAGACUAUUGUCAGUUUUUAGUGGAUCAGUGUAAAGUGACAAGAACAAGGCGCACAUUUGACAGAGCAUUGAGGGCACUGCCAAUAACACAACACCGUCGGAUCUGGCCUUUGUAUCUUAAGUUUGUUCGCAAGUACCACAUUCCUGAGACAGCAGUCAGAGUCUACCGAAGAUACUUAAAGGUUUGUUCACUCAACUUCUUUCAAACAAUUAUGAGAUUUUCUAAGCCAAUUAGGAAGACAUUGCACAUUAUACAACUGAGAGAAAGAUUUUAUAUCUGUGGUCAAUAAUGAUGGACAGAGUAAAUAUUCAUUUCAAAUCAAUCAUAGGUUUCAUUGAUAUUUGUCUUGGUAUUGCUUUAAAUCAUGUUGUGUUGUCAAAGCUAAAUGGCAGAGAUCAUGUGAGGAAAUUUUCACUUUAAGUUGAUAAUACAGUAAAAUAGUUAUAAUUCUGCUCUACAUGUACAUGUAUUUGCCUCUUGUUUAGCUCAGAUUGAGUUGCUCCUGUGAAUCUUUCCUAGAAUUUCCUAGCUUGUGAUCUGUAGAUUGUUGCUUGUGAUCGUGGUUAUAAUAUAGUAUGGUGUUAAGAGACAGUCUAAAAUUAGAUAAAGAGGAAAUCUAUUUUGUAAAUUUUUGUUUAAAAAAGUUGGAGCCAGAAAACACAGAAGAUUACAUUGAUUAUUUGAAGUCUGUUGGAUGGCUGGAUGAAGCAGCAACACGACUCGCUUUCAUUGUUAACAAGGUAUUGGUCAAUGCUACUAGUUAUGUUACCCUAUGACACAAAAACAAUACAGCGUAGUUGAAUAGCACAAUCCCAUUAUACUAAUUUUGAAAGAGAUGAUGCUCUAAAUAUUAACUUUAGAAACUCUUUGUGUGGGCCAAUUUACAUUAGUAACUUAAUUGAUAAAACCACUUGAUCCAACACGAAUACCCACCACCAACACAAUACCACAGUUUCUUUAGGAAAUUAUCCCCUUUAAUAGAUUAUACUAAUAUUUAUUUGCUUGUAUUUUUCAGGAAAAAUUUGUGUCCAAGGAAGGAAAAUCAAACCACAAGGUAGUACAUCAGCAAGUUUCUCUCCAUAGACUGUUACUAUAGUAACUUUAAGUAACCAAUCAAAAUGAAAAUAAUUCCAAUAAAAUUCAAUUUUUCCAAUCAGUGCUUAUGCAAAGAGUACAGAGAGUUUAGAUGGAAUUUAGUGGUGUGUUUCUUGUAAUAGGAUUGGUUACUUAGGUGUUUGUUGGUGAUCUUGGUAGUUGUCAAACUUUAAGACCUUUGCUCUAUAACAAGCUGGGAGAAAAUUUCAUAAACAGCAUUUGUUUUAGUUCUCAAUUGCAAUAGUUUCCAGAGAUUUUUACUUCUUUUUCAGCUUUGGCAAGAACUUUGCGACCUUAUCUCUAAGAACCCUGAUAAGGUAAGGAAAUUUAAGUAACCAGAUUUGAAAGAAAUCUCCCAUGGAUGACCUGAUCAGGCUCUUCUCUGUAACACUUGGGAUGGAUUACUAUUUUAUCUCUAGAUAAAGAGUCUCAAAGUUACUGACAUUAUCCGUGGAGGUUUGCGGCGAUUUUCUGACAGUUUGGGACAGCUUUGGAAUUCAUUGGCUGAUUUUUUUAUAAGAAGUGGACACUUUGAAAAGGUGAAGCCUCUGCUAUUGGUUUUUUUUUUUCAAGAAUUUGUGAUGUAUUUUGUUAAAACAUUAUAUUUGUUACAUGAUAACAAGUACACAAGGAAACAAGAAAUUACAAUAUAACAAGUGUGAAAAAUUUUAAAUUGUUUAACAAAACAAUUUAGAUUAUUACACAAAUUCUUUUAUAAAAGCAUUAAAUUAAAAAUAUAUACUUUGUAAACCUACCUGUCAAGAUAUUUGACAGUGUAAUGUGGAUAUCUUUUUUUUUUCAGGCGCGAGAUGUUUAUGAGGAAGCUAUUCAAACAGUUAUGACUGUUAGAGACUUUGGUCAGGUACUGCACAUCAUUCCAACCUGUAGUUUUCUGUCAACAGCACUGCUCAGCUCCUGUUUUCACUUCAUUGUUCCACCCUUGAAAUGUGUUGGAGAUAGUGACUUGUACUGUAGACUGAAUUUGAUGUUCCAUUCUUCACUUACACAUGGAUAUUUGUAGAAUGUUUUGGAGAGAAUAGUCAAAGAGUUGUUUUUGACCUAAUUCCCCACGAUGGUCUGAUGACCAAUGAGAUUGACUUUUGAUUUAUGUAGUUAUUGAUUGUUUAGGUUUUUGAUGCCUAUGCACAGUUUGAGGAAAGUAUGAUCAGUGCCAAGAUGGAAACAACAUCAGAGAUGGGUCCUAGUGAAGAAGGUACAAUGAUAUUGUUAUUGUGUAGGGUAUUUGUUACUGCAAGUGAGAUUAACAUGUAGCUAAUACUUGCUAGUUAAUUUCUACCUUAAAUUAUCAUGGCCUCCUUGUCUUCAUAAUCAGAUGACAUUGACUUGGAACUUAGAAUGGCAAGAUUUGAACAUUUGAUGGACAGAAGGCCACUGUUACUGAGCAGGUAUGUGAUAAAGGUAACCUUGAGUGUGCACAAACAUGCAUUUUUGAGAGAAAAAGUAAGUUUUGUCUGGAAGUUCUCUCCAUGAUGAUCGAACAGUAUUUUUUGAUGGAUAUUUUUGACAGUUUUUCGGUGAUUAUCAUCCAUAACUAAUUGGUCUUUCUCUUUUUUGAGCAUCAUGUGCAUUUUUCUCUCACAGUUUAGCUUUUGGUGUGUUACUCUUAGGCAAGAUUAAUUGAUAAAAAGCCUGAUUUGCUAUCAAUACUAGCAAAACUUCCCUGUGAAGAACAUGGAAUUUAUUUUCCCAUCACUUUGAACUGUAAGACUUUUUCAAACCCUCUCGCAUGUGACAUUUGCUUGGAAUGGUAAAACAUACAAAUGUAUGGCUGUAUAUUGUUUGUAUGGAUGUAUUUUCUUUGUGGUUAUCAUUCUGAGUAUUUUCCCAUUUUAAACUUUGUCUUAGUGUCCUUUUACGUCAAAACCCUCACAAUGUCCAUGAGUGGCACAAAAGAGUUAAACUGUAUGAGGGAAAACCCAAAGAGAUCAUCAACACAUACACAGAGGCUGUACAGACAGUGGAGCCAAAGCUAGCAUCCGGCAAGCCCCAUACCCUGUGGGUGGAGUUUGCUAAGUUCUACGAGCAGCAUGGUCAACUAGCUGAGGCACGAGUUAUAUUUGACAAGGCUACUAAAGUGAAUUACCGCAAGGUGGAUGAUUUGGCGAGUGUGUGGUGUGAGUUUAGUGAGAUGGAAAUCAGACAUGAGUAAGUAUGGUCCUUAGAGUGGAAAUAGAAAAAAUAUUCAAAAGAGGUUGGAAAUUGCUUCCAACACAUUUUAACUUUGGAGAGUUUGCACUAGAUGCUAUGUUAAUUGUGUGAAUAAAAAUGUGUUUUACAUAAGCUCAUCAACUAAUUAUAAAGCAGACCAAUUACAAACAAACGACCAUUGAUUCUAUUUUAAGGGAGUUUUUAGCCUUAAGAUGGCAGGAUUCCGAAUUCUAAUAUUGUUUUUCCUGGCAGCCUUUGCAUAAACCUCGAAAUCCAAAAGGUCGUGGUAUUGUUGCCAUCUUAGAGGGAAAAUACCAGAAGGAUUCAAAUUUUGUGGGCUCCAUUCAAGAAAAACGGCGUAUCCCCUUAAGAAAACUGUUGAGUACAUAACAAAUUGGUUGUGUUCAUCGCAAUAUUUGUGCUUUGUAUAAGACUGCCUACAACUCAAAGGAAACUAUUAGUUUCAUUGGUAACGUACAAAAAACACAAAAGAGGGAGUAGUAAAGUACAAAGAUGGUUGAGGAUGGGAUAGAACACUUUGGAUUAAAUAUCGAACCUGACAAAGUUAGGUUAGAUUUUUCAAAAUGUAACAACAAUAAAGUAGCGAUUUUAAAUAUAUUUUAACGACUAACGUGUUAUUUACCAGUGUCCAGCCUUGCUGUCAUGCUUUUGUAAGGCAUUCGUUUGAAAGCCUCUUCUUGCCACAUUUGGCUAACAGUGUCUAUUCUUUAGUUUUAGUCUAACACAUUUUUCUUUUGGUUUUUAACAACAACUUGAAGAAAUUAUCAGCAAGCCCUUAAUCUGAUGAGACGAGCUACAGCCAUGCCUUCUACUAAAACUGAUUACUAUGAUGAGGUGAGUGGCUCAGCACGUCAGAGUGUAAUGUGCCAGUAAAACUUUAUCAAUAAAAACUAAUUUGUUAUUUCUUUAUUUGUUAUUUACUAGAGUGAAACUGUUCAAAAACGAGUCUACAAGUCACUGAAAUUGUGGUCCAUGUAUGCAGACUUGGAGGAGAGCCUAGGCACAUUUCAGGUGACCAUGGCAACGUCUCGUUUUUAUCGAUCUUGUUAGAUAAAGUUGCAAAGCGUAUCACGCAUGCGAUACAAUUACAAACGUAUGUGUAACUGCUGAUGCAAACGCACGUGCAGCUAAUAAAAUCAAAUAUUUCCUCGUUCGACAACCAAGCUUACGCAUUCACUCAUUCGAUUCGCUUUUUUAACCAGUGUCGAGAAAGUUGUAUACGUAAAGGUUGUUAGCAAUUCAAACAACUAUCAUGUGCAUUUGAUUUUCAAACCUUUUUUUUUUAUUUUUUAUUUUUUCAUGUGAAAGCUUGCUUGAGAUGUCUCAAGAUGCCUGCUUUAUUACGUUUCUCAAACUUUUUUUUUAUUAUUUGUACAUGUUUUCAGUCCACCAAAGCUGUGUAUAAUCGCAUUCUAGAUCUGCGGAUAGCAACUCCUCAGAUUAUUAUCAACUUUGGUACGUUUCUUGAGGAACAUCGCUACUUUGAGGAAGCUUUCAAGGUCAGUAAAACUCGACGGACUGGUCACAUUUCUUUGCCGUUUCGUGCGAAGAGGUAAAAAGAAUUGGAAUCGAACAAACAACUGUUAUGAGAAUUAAAAGGAAGGCUGGCCAGCGAAUACGUCAUGUAGUAGUCUUUUUUAAAUCUGUGUUUACAAUAAAUUCUAACUCCCUGCACGGCAAGGUAUUUUUCCAAACUUUUAAGAUAGGAACUUUGAAUAGCUGUGGGAAGUUUUUUAAAUGGGUAAGUUCAUACGCUAAAUCCUAUAAGCGCGCUCGUAAUCCUUGAGUUGAGUAUUUGAGUAUUUUUUUUUUAGUGUUGAGUAUUUUAGUGAAACAGUCCAGGCACACGUAUUAUAAACGACGUACAAGUAUCUUGCAAAUUAUACGACAAAAUAAUACUUGUGUAUAUUUUGUAUUGUUAGAUAUAUGAGCGGGGAGUGUCGAUGUUCAAGUGGCCGAAUGUGUUUGAUAUCUGGAAUACCUACCUCACAAAGUUUAUUCAAAGAUAUGUAAGUUUGGUAUCUUCAGUGGGUUAAUAAUUUUUAUGUUACUCUCCUGUUUGGUCACUUUUAGUUGCUAAGCUAUUUUAAAGACCAGGAAUAUUUAUUAACUUGAUUGAAUGUUCAAUCGUUUGUUUUGAUUAGUAGAUUAUUGGUAAGGUUUGGCUCAAUUAUUUCCUUGAAUUGCUCUCUCGUAUUUUAUCCCCCAGUUCUGUGUAUUGGUUUGUUGGUUACUUGGUAACUUUUGCUCAUUUAUUUUUUUUUUUUCAUUUUUCCAAGGGAGGCGCAAAACUCGAGCGUGCACGAGACCUCUUUGAACAAGUCCUUGAGGGCUGUCCUGCCAAAUUCGCUAAAUGUAAGAUUGAAUUUAUUCCGGUCUUAUUCCAUUACUUUUUUAUUCCCUUAUAACGUUACCCUCAAACCUCUGUACGUUUUGAACAUUUUCCUUUCCAGCUUUCUAUUUACUGUACGCUAAACUCGAAGAGAAUCAUGGUCUUGCCCGUCACGCUAUGUCAAUCUACGAGAGAUCUACCAAAGCAGUGUUGCCAGAGGAGCAGUUUGAGGUAUGAAUUAAGAAGAUUGCUAUUUUCUGUAAUCAAAGUUGAAAUUUUCAUUACACUUUCGAGUUUGAGCACAUUUAGUUUUAAAAACUAGGCACCGAAGAAACUCUCAGCAACCAGUAUUUGGGACAUGUAAUCAUAACGAAAAGCAUUAUGUGACAUCUGGAAAAUAGUUGGAAAGGUGAUAAGGUAUUGGGUCAGCACAUAAAAAGUAAUUUGAAUAUGAAAACAAUACAGCUUCUUAGGACUGAUAUAUUUUAUCCCCAGGUCGUGUUAUUUCAAGCUUACUAAGUUUGCACUGGCUAAAAAUACUUACAGCUGAGACCAAUCCAUUGUUACCACUAAGACUGCUUUUUUUUUCAUGGUGAAUUUUUACUCCUAGCCGCCAUUUUGGAGAUUGGAUAGUCUCUUGAACCUACUUUUCCAAUACAAGCAAUCUUUCAAUUUUUUAUUUUUUCGUUGUUGUGUCAUCGUAGAUGUUCAACUUGUAUAUCAAGCAAGCUGCGGAGAUUUUCGGUGUCACCCACACGCGUGAAAUCUAUGAAAAAGCGAUUGAAGUGCUACCAGACGAACAAGCCAGGUAAAUUUCUUUUAAACAGAUUUGAACCCAGCAUAAUGUUUUCCUUGAACGAGUAAAAUUAGAUAUCAAGUCACCUUUUCAGAGUCAGAUGUCCAACGCAAGCCAUGGCUAACAUUAGAAAAUGUUAAUUGUCUUCAUCUGUCAUUUUAUUAAAGUUUUAGUAGUAUUGCCAAAACAUUGUUAGUUUGUUUACAUAUUUUGUUUUCAGGUGGAGAUUUUUUGGUUUAUUCUAGUUUUUCUUUUGAUUGCCUGGUCUAGUUAACUGCAAGGUUUUGUUUAGAAACCUAUUGGAAUACCUAGUUUGUGCUCAGAUACACUGGAGUUGUCCGGAGUCAAGCGUAUUCCCACUGAAGCGAGUGAUUAAGAAGCCCGCCAAUCCGGUUUUGUUAAUUUUUCAGGGAGAUGUGCAUCAGAUUUGCCGACCUUGAGCGCAAACUGGGAGAAAUUGACCGAGCCAGAGCUAUUUACAUGCACUCUUCACAAAUGGCUGAUCCAAGGGUUUGUUCUUAUAUCGUUGUAGUGUGUUUUUUAUUUAUCAAAGUUGAGACUAAAAGUAUGAUUUUCGUUUGUUUCCAGACCACUCCAACUUUCUGGAAAGUGUGGCAUGACUUCGAGGUUCGCCAUGGAAACGAAGAUACCUUCCGAGAAAUGUUACGUAUUAAGAGGAGCGUGCAGGCUCAGUUUAAUACUCAGGUCAGUGGGUUCUUUAAACGACGCCAUUAUUAUUGUCACUUCAGUGAAUCACUCACACGGGACACAGUCACAUGAAAACCAGUUACGAAAAGAGAUAUUUGUGUACUUAAGUCCUUCGAAUGACUGAUCAGAUAACAACUGCUUAUAAUUAUUUUUGCAGGUCAAUUUCAUGUCUGCGCAAAUGUUGGCAGCGGCUGCUAGCAAAUCUGCAGGGGCAGGUAUGUUGUUUAAGUGAGGCUUCCAAGUUUGAUGCUAAAUAUUCAAUUGUAUCAACGACUCCUCUUGGAUUCCAAGUGUUAAUUCUUGUCCUUGUUCUGAUGGUUUUUCUCGGUGAUCUCACAUUUUCUGCCCUAAAUUCGAUUUAUUUUCCAUCUGAUUAAGUAGGAACAGAAGAGGCUGUGUCCGAUGACAUGCAGCUACUAGAACAGCAGGCUCAGGCUGUGGCAGCAGCUAAGGCUAAGACAGACGUAGCCGCCAAGUUGAAGGAGAAAGUCUUGUUUGUUAGGUGAGGGUGAAAUUGAGUUUGAUAAUCAUGAUGCCAUGCUUAAUUUAGAAUUCAAAUGCCAAAGAUUUGAGUUCCAUAAAGUCGGCUCACUGUAGUUCUUUUUUGGUAUCUUUCAGGGCUGAAACAAGUCAAGGCGAUAAUGAAAACAAUGAACCAGUUGCCAACCCCGAAGAGAUCGACAUUGAUGAUGAUGAUGACGACGACGACGAGGAUGAGAACAGAGAUGAAGAGGGUAAAGGUGUUUCUAUAAUUUAAUCACGUGGGGGGGGCUCUUUAUGAGGCACCUCUAACAAGAGGACGUCUUCCUACGAAAGACACGAACUUUAAAAAUACUCCUAUAUCACCUUUUUAAGUUCGGCCCUCAUCGAAGGGACCUGUUUAUACAGGGAAGACUUUUUAACUCCUGAGGUCGCCCACAUCAUGGAGGAUCCACUGUUUAUCACACUUGUAAUACUGUGCGAGCUGAUUGGCGAGACAAGAGCUGUGACUCGUUUAGAGUCUCGUUGCAAUUUUGUAAAUCAGUUUUCAGUCGCGAACAUUGAUCAGGCUGUAACGUUCAAGUUCACCUCACGCCAUACAAAUUUGGUAUCCUGAAUGCUUAAAAGAGGCAUACAGGCUCAACGUUUUAAAACACUUCUUUUGGGAGCGCUAGCUGAAUAGUUUUAAAGGAAAUAGAUUUCGUCGUCGUUUUAUGAAGAACUUAUAUAAUGGAUGCCAGAUUGCCGAGAUCUCGGUCUGCAGGCCAUGGAUUCACACGCUUAGCGGCCUUUUUUGUGGGCGCCAUCUGGCGCUUUGCUGUGGAUCCGCAAAAAAGUGCGGCGAGGCUGUCAGAAGGAUACGGAAAAAUUGAAGAAAUUUAGCGAAGUAAUAACGAAG